AUGACUAGUCAAUCCGAUAUUCGAGCAGCAGAGCUCCGCGAGCCUAUUGACGUCGUCACUUAUCUCUUUACCAGACUCAAGCAAUUAGGGAUCGAUUCGGUCCACGGUGUGCCCGGCGACUUCAAUUUGGUCGCUCUCGACUACCUCGAGCCCUGUGGGUUGAAAUGGGUGGGCAAUGCCAAUGAACUGAAUGCUGGCUACGCGGCCGACGGGUACGCUCGUGUCAAAGGCAUCUCAGCCGUCAUAACCACCUUCGGCGUGGGCGAAUUGUCCCUACCCAACGCAAUUGCGGGAGCCUACGCCGAGUUCGUGCCUGUCGUCCACAUCGUGGGAACCCCGAGCACCCUCUCUCAAGCGAACGGAAUGUUGCUUCACCAUACCCUUGGUAAUGGCAACUUCCAAGUGUUUGCCGAUAUAGCUUCACGUCUUGCCGUGGAUGUCGCCAAACUGAACAAUCCUCGAGACAUUCCUUCCCAGAUUGACCAAGCCCUCCGCAUUUGCUACCUCCAGAGCCGACCGGUCUACAUCACGUUGCCUACAGAUAUGGUGACGAAGAAAGUUGAGGGUGAAAGACUGAAAACGAAGCUCGAUCUGAGCCCCUACAAGAACGACCCGGAGAAGGAGGACUAUGUGGUGGAUGUCGUUCUGAAAUACCUGACGCAGGCCAAGAACCCGGUCAUCUUGGUCGAUAGCUGCGCCAUUCGUCACCGGGUGCUAGAAGAGACACACGAGUUCAUCGAGAAAUCCGGGCUUCCAGUGUUCGUGGCACCUAUGGGUAAAGGUGCUGUCGACGAAACCAUGCCGACCUUUGGUGGUAUCUAUGCCGGGGCUGGCUCGAACCCUGGAGUCCAAGAACGGGUCGAGGGGUCCGAUCUCCUCCUGACCAUCGGAAGUGUCAAGUCCGAUUUCAACACGGCCGGCUUCACGUACAGAACUUCACAGCUCAAGACAAUCGACUUUCACAGCACCUAUAUACGGGUUCGGUAUUCCGAAUAUCCUGGUGUUGGCAUGAAGGGCGUCUUGCGCAAACUCAUUGACAGACUGCCCAAACUCAACAUUGAGCCAGGCCCGACACCCCCCCAGAACCUGAUUCCCAAGGAAGAAGACGCAAGCGACCCGACCGUGACUCACGGUUGGUUCUGGCCUCGCAUGGGUCAGUGGCUGCAAGAAGGCGACAUCGUGCUCACCGAGACCGGAACUUCCAACUAUGGCAUUUUCAACACUCGAUUCCCCAAGAACGUGACCAACAUCAGCCAGAUUCUGUGGGGAAGCAUCGGGUACGCCACGGGUUCGUGCCAAGGAGUAGCACUCGCCGCCCGAGAGAUUGGUGGCAAGCACCGGACCAUCCUCUUCACCGGAGACGGAAGUUUCCAACUCACCGCACAAGAACUCAGCACGAUGAUCCGGCACAAGCUCAAUCCCAUCAUCUUCAUUGUCUGCAACGAUGGCUACACGAUUGAGCGUUUCAUCCACGGCAUGGAUGCUUCGUACAACGACAUCCAGAACUGGAGGUACAGAGACCUUCCCGCCGCCUUUGGGGCCAAAGAAGGAACCUACAAGACGUACCAGGUCAAGACAAAGGAUGAGGUCAACGCCUUGUUCCAAGACGAGAACUUCUCCAAAGCCCCCUAUCUGCAGUUGGUUGAACUUCACAUGCCCAAAAAGGAUGCUCCUGCUGCCCUGAAGUUGACAGCAGAAGCCAGUGCGCGGAACAAUGCCAAAUCAUGA